CUUAUAAAGAUCAGAUAACUCUUAACACGUGCUUUCAUAUCUGGCUGGCUCAGUUCCAUAAUGAGUACGAUAUUACACUGUGUUCGGAUUGAAGUGACUUGUUAAUAAGCAAAACUGACACAGUUUCUUUCUGCACCCUUCCAUCAAUAGCUGGGGACUCGUAAAAUGCGGUUGAAAGGCAUAUUUUUACUCCUGUCUUUAGGAGCGUUCACAGCUUAUUAUGUUUACCAGCCCAUUCCAGACGAGAUAGAGGAGAGAUGGAAACUCAUGUUGACCGACUGCUUCUUCAGAAGUCUCAGCCACCUGGUAAAAUGCAGACUUCAGUGAGCUGCUGGGGUUGAAGGACUACAUGGGGGUGAUGAUGUUCAUCACGUUCGCUGAGCGGGUGGUGCCCGUGUCAGACCAAGGUGUGCACGUUACAGAGGAGCUGUUUGAUGGGGUGGAGGUGGUGGUGUACCAGCCCAAACUGCAGGGCGGUGACACUGAGCUGAGGAGAGCAGUCAUAUACCUGCACGGAGGAGGAUGGUGCCUGGGCAGCGCUAGAAUGGGACCAUACGACCUCCUGGCUAGGCAGAUGGUCAUGGAUCUUAACUCUGUGGUCGUGUCUGUAGAGUACCGCCUGGCCCCCGAGCACCAUUUCCCUGUCCCCUAUGAAGAUGUGUACCGGGUGGUGAAGCACUUCCUCCAGAGGGUGGUCCUGGCACAGUACUCUGUAGACCCAUUACGCAUCGCAGUAUCUGGGGACAGCGCCGGGGGAAACCUGGCUGCAGCCGUGUCCCAGCAGUUGCAGCAUGAUCCAGAACAGCAGCAGCAGCUGAAGGUCCAGGCCCUGCUCUACCCUGUGCUGCAGGCUCUGGACCUCAAUACCCCGUCCUACCAGCAGAACCAGAACAUGCCUAUCCUGCCCCGCACCCUAAUGGUGCGCUUCUGGAGCGAGUACUUCACCAGCGACAAGACCUUCUUCAGAGCCAUGAUGACCAACACUCACAACAGCCCAGAGUCCGCUGCUCUGCUCAAAUUCGUCAACUGGAGUGCCUUCCUGCCAGAGUCCUACCGGGGGAAGUACAACUACAGCGCUCCGGUCGUGGCGUUGGCGGCUGGAGGGGCGGGGUCGGACGGGCCAUCGCGCUCCAUCGCUGACCCCCGGGCCUCGCCCCUGCUGGUCCCGGAUGCCGUUUUACGCUCGCUACCUAAGGCCUACAUUCUGACGUGUGAGUACGACGUGCUGCGGGACGACGGGGUGAUGUAUGCCACGCGCCUGCGUCGCGCCGGCGUCGAGGUGACUCACGAACACUACGCCGGAGGUUUCCACGGCGCCCUCAUGUUCACCGUGUGGCCAACCGACUUCCUGAUUGGACGCACGAUGACGGAAAACUUCAUCAGAUGGCUGCAGCAUAACUUGUAGACAACAGAAGAAAAGUUAUGGUCUUUCAAUGUUCAUUCCUGUUUCCCAUAGCAACCCAGCACCCUGUUAUGUGCUACUGUACUUUCAUUUUUGUCUCUGUUGGUUUUUACUCAUCUUUUGUUUUAUUUUUAAAACUAAAGCACUGUCUGUUUGUAAUUAAAAAGGGCACCUACUAAGGAUUUUUUUGCACUCUGAUACUACAUCCCCACAACAAUACCAGAUGCCAGUCAAAAACUGGUUAGCCUGGAUUUUCUAAUCACCAAGGAAACCAAUAAGGCGGAACAUGAGGCAGACCAACUGAUGCCAGAUACAAGACAUUUGAUGAAGCCAAGUGGUGUACAUUUCAUUUUGGACAUGUCCAUCUGGUUCUGCAGCUGAAUCGUAGACACUAUAAUAGCCCGAGUGUUUUAUUAGCAGAUUAUUAUUUUUUUUGGUAGCACCCCUAAGGUCACAGGGAGAAAGACGAGGACAAAUAGUAGUUUGGUGUCAUCUUUCAGAAUUGAGUGAGUAUGGAUAUAUAUUGUUUGUUUGUGGACCAGUCGAGAGUGUUGAGGACCAGUCUAGAUUACUAGGGAGGAACAUUGUUGUCUUCUUGAGUUGUUCUCAUCCACUAAAGGCCUGUUAGGCUCAGUGAUCAUGUGAGGUGUACUGAGCCUGUUCACUUCUCUUCCCACCGUUCUCUCUCUCUCUCUGUCUGUCUGCCUCUGUCUCAAUCUGCCUGCCCUGUGACAUGGAAGGACCAACACGAGGGGAAAAGGGGAAGGACAAGGGGUUAAGUAAACUCUCUACAGCAUGUCAGGCUUGAAGUAUUUGUAGUCUGAGCAUGUAGCUGUUAUUGAGGUUGAACAGAGCUGCAGUCAAUUGAAUGCAGUUGAAAGUAGUAGCUUAGAGCUGCAGAGCUAAUGGUCUCCCUAUUGGUUCUCCAGCUGACACUCCUCCUGUAACAGAAUAAUCUUGUUGGGGAAACAAAGCUGUGUUCUUUAUCAUGGGAUUAAUCAGACUUGAUGACUUGCACACAUAAUAUAGACAUCUUAUCUGAGAUACUAUUUUAUUUUGCUUCAGUAUUCACCCUACAAAUCCUUGUAAAUAUCAUGACUGUCAUGUGUUGUGUUUUUUCAUGUGAAAUACGGAGAAUUGAACACAUGCAUAAUAAAAUGAUCUCACCUGA